AUGGCAAGGAAAAGAAAGGCUGUUGCUGCUGCUGAAGUAGUGGAAGAGAGAAACCUAUCUGAGGAAACCAUGGUCUGGGAUGAGAUGAUGAAGCAAGCUGCAGCACUUGGAGGAGCCAGAAGAGUUAAAAAGAGAUUUGUUGGAGUUAGGCAAAGACCAUCUGGUAGAUGGGUUGCUGAGAUAAAAGACACCAUUCAAAAGAUAAGGGUGUGGUUAGGAACUUUUGAUACAGCUGAAGAAGCUGCAAGAGCUUAUGAUGAAGCUGCUUGCUUGCUUCGUGGUGCAAACACUAGAACAAACUUUUGGCCUUGUUCUCAAUCUUCUUCAAGUCCUGCUCUUUCCUCAAAGAUCACCAAUCUCCUACUUCAAAGGCUUAAAGAAAGGAAUAACUCUUUCUCUUCUUCCUCCUCCUCCUCCUUUAGUUCUCUUCUUAUCAACCACCAACAAAUGCAACAAGUAGAUGCAUAUGAAGCAGGAUCAACAGAAUUCUCAAUUGACCAAUUCACUGAUUUCCUUAAUGAUCCUGAAGAUUACUGCACAGGCAACAAUGACUUCAUCAAUAAUAGUGCUGAAAUUGAUCACAUUACAAGUAGUUUUGAAUCAUGUUUAACUGAAAAGGAGGAGUUCAAGGUGACAGAAAUGGAUAUGGAAUGUAAGUCCUUCAAUGUGACACAAACUUCAAGUAAUGACAGCAAUUCAGGAGUGGAAGGAGAAGAAGACAGUGAAGAAGGUACUGAUUUGGUUGUCCAUGAUUUUGGAUUUCUAGACACUGUUGCUCCACCAAGUUACUAUUCACCUUUUGAGAUAGCUCAAGAGAUGGAGGAGCCUGUGGAGGCAGAGAACUAUCACUAUGGUGAUGAGCCUUCAAUGCUUAGAGCUGUCAUGAAGAGAAUGAAAUAUGAGAGAAAGUUCUCAGCUUCUCUUUAUGCCUUCAAUGGGAUACCUGAGUGCUUGAAGUUGAAACUUGAAUCAGGAAACAUAAUGGGAAGAGGAGUAGCUGAUCAAUUAUCCAACCUCCAAAUGGCUUGUAACAAAAACAAACUUGAGAAGAAUAAGGAGGAGAAUGAAUACAUGGUAGCAAUGGAUAAGAAAGAGGAAGAAAAUCAACAAACUUCAAUUGACAUGGAUUCCUCUUCUUCAUCUAGUGUUGAUGGAGAAUUGUUACUUUGGAAUUCACUAGAUCUUCCUCCUAUUUGCUUUGUUAACUUACUGGAAAAUGGUUCAUUUACUUAG